UCGAAGCGAUAACGAUCGAGCGCGAUAAUGCACUGGAAUUGUCAGCGACUCUGCAGAAGGAAAUUGCUCAACUUUCGACGCGAUGUUCCGAUGCCAAUGCGAAAGAGGAGUCCGCCACGGUCAGAAUGGCGGCUCUCGAGAACCAGUUGUCACAGGAAAUGGAGCAAAUAGAUCAACUGAGAGCCGCACAAGCCCAAGCCGAAACUCGACUGCAACAGUUGCUCAAACAGGUCGACAUCCAACAGUCAGCCAAUGAGCAACUGAACCGAAGUCUUGCGGAACACAGUCGGGAUCGCUUCCAAAUCGCAGCCGAGAGGGACGAGUUGAUCAAGGAUCGUCAGUCGAAUGACGACCAGCUUGCCGAGGAGCAGUCGGUGGCACAACAGCUGCGCAAAGACCUGGAAAGCGCUACCAAUGAAACAACGCGACUGCAGGCGGAGCUUCAAGCCAAAUCGGAAGAAGCGUCUGUGAUAAAUGCACGUUAUCAGAAAGCCCAUGGGCUGGCUUCUGCCCUGACUUCAGAUGCAAGCCGGCUGGAGAGCAAACUGCAAGAAGCCUCCAAGAAGCUCGCUGCAACGGAAGUUGCCAUCGCCAAAUUGACGGAUGAGAACGCGUCGCUGGCAAGCGCCUCGCAGACCCAGUUGGAUGACGUAAACCGUCUCGAACAAUCGCUCGAAGGCAUGCAGACCGAGUUGGAGGAACAAAUGGCUCAAGUCCGCAACGCCAAUAAGGCCAAAGCCCAACUACAACGCAAGGUUGACAAGCUGGAACGAAAACUGAAAUCAAUGUCAGACGUGCCUGCCGCCGCCGAAGUGCCUAUUCCUGCCGCAGUGCUCGCCCCUCAACCGAUAGUGCACAACCAAGAGGCAAUACGAAGUUCGCCUGGUGCGCUUGCAGGCCAGAAACGCGUUCGAGACGACGAUCUGGCAGUCAAGAAAGUCUCUGCCGGACCUGAGGCCGUCAUUGCUCCCAGCCCAUUCGAAAUGGCUCGCACGCCUGUGAAACGGAUCGAAGCCGGCACAAACAGGCUGGCUUUCACCCCCACGCGGCAUAAUCUCAACCCAAACCUCGGUGCUAUCCCUCGUUCACCAUACGCGAGGCUCGCCGCUGGCGACGAAAAUUCCUUUCCCGCCAUGGCAAUGAUGCGAGGCAGAAUUGGAUCGGUACUAAACCAGCACACACCCGGACCGUAAUUCCUUGAAAAUCCAACACCCAGCAUCUUUCCGCGUCUAUAAUACGAACGUUGUAUGCAUAUCAUGACU